AUGCACUUCGCUAGCAACCUUAUUGAUUAAACUGAAACGUAAUGGUCUUUACUUUAUGCAAGCAAACACUAAAGCACUUGCUAAAAGUUUUGUGAAGUGUGUCAAUUAUUUUAAUAACGAUGGACGAUAUUUUGCAUAAAAAUAUAUUUAACGACAAAGAUUUGUGUAAACUAUCGCCAGAUUAUAGUCCAAGUGAUAUAACUUUACGUAUGCAAGUGAGGAGGACAUUGUUUAGAGAUAGCCACAGCCACAGUUACUUCAAGAGUAGCAACUGGCACAGAAAAUCUAAUAAAAGAAUGAAAGAUGGUUAUAAAAUCACCAAGGAAAUUGUAAAAAUGCGCAAUGAAUUUCGCAAUACUAACCUAAGAAAUAGGAUAACUAUGAAAGAAAAUAUAAAUAACAUUACAUCUCAGCCUGGAAUUAAAAUUUACGGAGGCGAACUGCUUCUUAAUGAUAUAAAAAUCUUUAAUGAUGACGCUGAUCAAUGCAUUUAUGAUUUACAAGAGGAUAUGUCCAAAUUAGUUUUAUGUAAUGAUAGUGAUUUUAAAAUAAAUACUAAACAACGGCCUGAAAUAGUCAGUGUCCAUAAUCAUUCAAAAAACAAAUCUAAAAAUAAAAUUUCUAAUACAAAACCUGAUGAUGACUCUGAAGAUAAUAAUAUAAAAGAACACUCAAUACGACUCGAUAUCACGAGUAAAAUUAAAUUAACAGAACAAAGUGCUGUUGAAAUACAAGAUAUUAGUGCACCUCAUAUAAAUUGUAAUAAUGACCUUACAAAAAAUACUGAAAAUGUAUUAGAUGGACAAGUUAAAGACGAUUUGCAAACGUUACUAAUAAUGAUGGCAAUGUCUAAAACAAAUGACGAAUUUGAAAUCGAAAAUCCACUAAAUACAUCACGCGUUGCCAAUCAGGAAAUGGAAAAUGGUGAAGAACAAGAUCCUUAUUUUUUAAUGCCACAUUCAGAAAAUAGUGAUAUUUCAAAGGUGCUGAACGUGACUCCACUGCGAAUAGAAAUGAAUCACCGACAAAAAUAUUUAGUGAAGAAGUACAGUCGGAAAUGGAAACAACAUGUGUCAAAAAAGAAGGAAUACAUGAAUAAGCAAAGACAAGAAACCCUCAAUAACUUUUUCGAUAAACUGUCCAAGAAAAAGAUGAAUGCACUUCAGACAUCUGAGAUAGAAAAUAAAGCGAAGUCUUUUGCUCGUGAUUAUAACACUUACCAACACAGAUAUAUGGUUCAGAAACAUAUCAUCGCACUUCAAAAGGCGAAACUAGAAGAGCAAAAUAGAGUGAUAGAAGAACUUAAAUAUAACAAAAUAGUCGAGGCGUCCCGACAAUCGGUUGAUGCUAUGAAAGAGGAAGUACGAAGAACCUAUUAUGAUAUUGAUAGACAAUUGAAACCAAAAAUUAAAUGUCUAACAAAUGAGCUUAAAUUGCAUGAAAUUCAAGAGCCAUCUCUAGUUCUGCAUUGCUUGAAAGUGCCUAAGUUUCUACAAAGAAUGGAGAAAAGAGCUCGCGAACGUGAGGAGAAACACGCUUUGAUUAGAGAAAGGAGGAGGCAGAUGGAGGAAGAUCGCAUCAGACUAAAGCAACAGGCGGAAUUGGCCAAAGCGGAAAUGGACAAGGAAGAGAAACUGAAGAGAAUCAAAGAGUUACGGGAAAAAAGAAAAAAGGAGAAAAUUGAAAGCAUUAGAAAGAAACAGCAUGUCGAGAGAUUAAGGGCACUCAUAGUUAUGGCCGACUUACAUUACGAAAGAAGUUUGAUGAUUAGGUUUGGUAUCAGACCAUUCAGAAGGUUGCUGCAAAUAAAACGGGAUAAUAUGGAAAAAGCGAAAAUGCAUUACAUAUUUCAACUACAGAAGAAUGUGUUUCUGAACUGGAUGUUUUAUACAGAGGAUAUGUGGUUUGAAAGAAACUACAUAGCUGAAGAUUUUUACAGGAAAACUUUGUUGAGAAAAACCUUCUCUCGUUUAAAACUAAAUGUCCACAGCUACACUUUACAGAAACAAGUGGCAGAUGACUUUUACGAUUUAUACGUAAUGCAAUUGGUAUUUAGAAAAUUUCGUGAAGGUAUUGAAAUAGUAAAGAAAGAAAACGAAAUGAAAUGGCAAAUGGCUGUUAUUUACUACAACAGCAACCUGUCAUUUAAAAUAUUCACCUGCUGGAGGACUUUGCCUGCUCUGAAUGCGUUGAAGAGGGAACAAGAGGCACGAAAAGCGAGAUGGAGAGAGAAAGUAUUGCUAGUCGUACCUGAUUAUGCGCCACCCGAUGAUUAGAUGUUUUCUUUUGUUUUUGAGGGUACUUCAAAUAUGACGUCAUUUUAACCUUGGCUUAUCAGGAAGUCGGGAGUCAGGAUCUGUAGCACGCUUCGUUUGCAGCAUUUAUUUACUACACAUAGCAGACCUCAUUCUUUGUUUGAAGAAAGUGUUCAGUUUCCAAUUGCAUUUCUCUCCAAAAGCCCACGUUGCGCUAUAAGCUCCGCAAUUUCCCAGACUGGAUGGUUAAAAGAACUAACAUAAUUGGAGAUACCAUGCAUGAUUACAAAGCGCAUCGCGCUAAGGUCGGUUUUGCAAAUGACUUAGCUAUAAAUUAGGGCUUAAAGUUAAAAAAAUAGUUUAGGUAUAAUUUAGUACAAAAAAAGGUUCAUUCAUUUAAAUGUAGUAUAAAAUAAAUCAUAAAU